AUCGUAAAAUGGUGACCUAUAUGAGAAAAAAUAUUUUUAGCCGGAUUUUAAAUCCGUCGAAAAAGAAUAUCUUUAGUCUCACAAAAAUGAGUUCAUCUGUAUCCAGCACUUCUGAAAAUUUGAUAGAGACAGAAAAAAUAGGGAAUGUUUUUAUGAUUGGUAUAAAUCGUCCAGAACACAGAAAUGCUGUUAAUCCUGAAACAGCUCAAGAGUUGAUUAAAGCAUUCAAACAAUUUGAAGCUGAUAAAGACAGUUUAGUGGCCGUUCUUCAUGGAAAAGGAGGUAAUUUUUGUGCUGGUUUUGAUCUAAAGGCUUUGUCACAGUUGGAUAAUACAAAUUUCUCAUUAAAAGACCCUAAUAGUAGUGAUGAAGCUCCUAUGGGACCAUCUAGAAUGUUAUUUAGUAAGCCAGUUAUUGGGGCUAUAAGUGGUUAUGCUGUAGCUGGCGGUAUGGAGUUGGCAUUAUUGUGUGAUAUAAGAAUUAUGGAAGAAUCAGCUGUCAUGGGUGUCUUCUGUCGUAGAUUUGGUGUACCUUUAAUAGAUGGUGGAACUGUUAGAUUACCUCAAUUGAUUGGUCUAUCUAGAGCAAUGGAUCUUAUACUAACAGGCCGUCCCAUUUGUGGUAAAGAAGCUCUAGAAUUUGGUUUAGCCAAUCAGCUUGUUGCAACAGGAACAGCAUUAGGAAGAGCAUGUCAGCUAGCUAGUAAUAUAGCUCAGUUUCCACAAGAAUGUAUGUUAACAGAUAGACGUUCAGUAUAUAACUCAGUCUAUAAUAGUUCAUCAAUUAAAAAUGCUUUACAGUUUGAAUAUGUUGAAGGCAUCAAAGUUAUUAGUACCGAGUCUAUAGCAGGUGCUCAGAAGUUUACCAGUGGUAUAGGAAAACAUGGCAGUUUUAAUCUGGGAAAACCAUCCAAAUUAUGAUUUACACCAAAACAUUUCAAAUGAUACAAAUAAAUAAAGAUGUGCUUGAUUCUAUCAGAAAGAAUGGCAUCCGAAUCAAGACUAUCACUCAGAAAGUUUAUGAACUGAACCAUAGAUUGUACUGCGGUGUUUCAAAAUAAUUUAUUUCAGAACCAAUAAAUGUGCUUUCUAAUUCAGUUUAAUCAAGUAAGAUAAUUGACUCUAACGAGCUUAAAUAAUCAAAAAUUCAAUAAAUGAAUUUCACAGAAUCAAAUCAUAUUAAUCAAGGCGCUUGGAUUAUCAGCCGAACAAGAUCAGUGUUUCUGAAUGAAACUGUCGAAGAACCAGAAUAAAGAUUAUGAUUCAUAUUUAUGUAGACGAAUCUGGAGAGGAGGUCUAUGGGCAUCUGCCUGUUCACCAUUCUAGUUUUUGUGAAUAAAUAUUGUUUAAAAAUAAAUCUAAAGAAUCACAGACUGCUCACACGAGCUAUAUUUGAUUGCCUGGCAAUCUAUUUUUUAAAUAGAAUUGUACAUGGAUUAAUAUCAUAAGUAUAAAGAUAUGUAAUGAGUCUGUCAAAAAUGCGGUGUUACAAUGACUUUAAUUUCAAGACCAGUUACCAAUUAUUAGGGAUGGUGUCUGUGGAUGGUACUGACAAGCUAAUCAAACAGGAUGACAGAAGGGUGGUCCUUUGGACAAAUUGGUAUUGCAUAAAAAAGAUCACUUGCAAAUUGCAUUUAGAAGAAUAGGGGGAAAUGUAACUCAUAUUCAUCAUUUCUUGAACCUUCCAUUCCAGAGUUACGCCCCUUUUGACAUAAACCUUGUGAAUAUGAUAGAGGCUACAGUUUAAUGAAUUUGUUUCAAAUCUGGUGUGAAUCAUUGAAGUCAUGAGGCAUGAGGUGACAAUUCCUGUCGAUAUUCGGCAUUCCACAACGCCAAACUUGGUGUGAAGCAUUGGGGUCAUAAGGCAUAGCUGCUGAGUGAGCAUAUUUGCUCUCUUUGUGUGGAAUACCAUUCAAAAUGCACAAUUUCAUAUUUUACCCAGCGGUAGUCAUAGGCUAGAUUUUAGGCUAAGACUGCAGAUAUUUAUUUAUUGGUUUGAUAUAAUUUGUAAACAUAAAACAUCACUUCUAAGCAUAAAAUGAUAUUAUUUAUUGAUUCAUCAUUUAUAGUUUAAAGCCGAGAAGUAAUGACAAAUAAAACAUUCAUAUUCCAUAAGUUGUAAUAUAUAUCAUUUCAGAUAGAAUCUAUUUUAUUUAUAUUUUAAUAAUAAUCUAUAUAGAAUUUAUAUUAACAAUAACAAGCUAUAUUGAUAACAAAUAUUUAUUACAUUUUGGCUUAUAAUAUUUAGAAAUUUCACAGGGGUAUAUACAGUAAUACUAAUUUGGAUCUGUUAUAUUGAAGGCUAAUUCAAAUCCUACACAACCAAAUUUUUGUUUCAAUUUCGAACAAUAAGUUGAAUUAGUAUUGAUAUCUUUCCUUUAUGCUAAUAUGUAAAUGAACAUCAAAUAUAUCAUUUACAGCAUGUUUAUCUAUAUCAGCAGUAAAGAACAAUGGAAGAUAUUGCAUUGUAAAGCAACAGGUGUUGUCAUUUAUAUUGUUUUUUGUUUCCCUGCUGGGUGAAUAUUUCUGUAACAAAUUUAUCCCCCAUUAAAAGCUGACAAGUUAAACAUACUUAUGCAAGAGCUAAAUCUGCCUAUUGCAGGUCUUUCUUUAGGCCUGAAAUGUUAUCUAAAUUAUUAAUUAGACAUUAAUUAACUUAUCCAGACCAUAACCAACUCUCAAUGUCAUUACUAGCCUGCGAUAUUUACUGGAUUCGGAUCCGAUCUGCUGCUCUACCCUCAUUCAUGAUUAAAUCAAGAAAUGGAUAAUCAAGACUAUGUAUUUUAUCGUAUCGACUCUAGUAAUGAUGAUCGAGGCUAGGCCGAAAAUUCAAUCGCUAAAUUCUCCGUUCAGACUGGAUCAAUUUGAUUGAAAUUUUCAGCAAAUUCCCUUUACAUUAUCUAGUU